CGCUGCUGACUUUGGACUUCCUCUUCUGCUUUCACAUAUCAUUAUGGAUACGACACCCGACGUUGAACUCGACCUGGAUAACCAGGAGAUCUCUCUGUCAUACGACGACACCGUUGAAUACUCAGAACAAGUCGACACGAGUAGUGUCGAUGUCACGGUGCCCGCACCCGCAAGUGCCUCUCUAGCGGAACGAAUCGGUGCGAACAAAGUCUACCUCAUCUCUGAUGCAGUAGCCCUGGCGGCCAGAGUGGGCAAGUGACCAUCUGUUUCCUUUGGGUUCAUUCCCUCGCCCGUCCGUGCCUUGUUCUCGUUAACAGCGUAAAUAUGAGGUCGAAAACUUGAACGAUGCAGAGGAGGAUAUGGAUGAGGACAUCGAGAAUACUACAAUUCGAGACAAUGCAAUUCUCUUUCAAGGGACACCGAUAUCACAUUUGUCAACAUCCAGUAUCUUUGCUUACGCGACUCAUUUCGACUCGCACCCUAUUGCUCUCGAAUGGAUCGACGACAAAACAUGUAUCCUGGUCUUUUCCAGUCGGCACGCUGCCCGCGAAGCAUAUCGAUAUCUCUCUAAAUUCGCUGGGGAGGAGCCUUCAGGGGAUGGUACUCUUACUGCCAAACCUAUUCCCAUGGACUUAUGGCCGCCGGAGGAACGAAUUAGUAAGAGUCUCGGUACUGGCGAAGGUUUAAAGGGUGUUAUUCGAUUGCGCUGGGCAACAUCGGGUGAUGUUAAGAGCAAGGGGUCUUGGGAGCAAAGCGAGUUUUAUAAGAAGCACGGGUCAAAGGCUGGCAAGCCGGGAGAGACUGAAGAACGGGCUCGCAAGCGACAGAAGGCGAUGGAGGAGGGAGAUAGAUGGGAAAAGGGGAAUUUAGAUGAAGAACUUGACUCCCUCCAGGCUGAUUAUCCGUCAAAACCAGUGCGAUCACGAAGAAAGGUUGACAAGACUCUUCUCGAAAGGACUUCCCUUCUUCGUUCCCAUCCUGUGUCACUCGAGUCUCGAAUUACAGUACCACUUCCCCGACGUGCACGACGGAAUGCUCGGGGUUCACCAAGUGAAGAGCCAGACCAGGAAGUCGGCGGACACAAAGCAAGUCUACAGGAUCGCUUAGGUGAGCCAACACCACAGAGGCAGAGUAGGGGUGAGGAGAGGAGAACAGGUCGGAGACCACGUCAAACGCAGGAGGAACUUGACGCCGAACUAGAUGCAUUCUUGAAUGCUGAGGAUUGAGUACAUGGAUUAUGACCCUGGUAUAUUAGUAUUUUUAUGUUUACAAUAGUUUUGUGCAUCGUACAUAGCAUGGAUCCCCACUCAGAUGUAGCACCACUCCUCAUGGUACACCGCAGUUCUAUAACACUCUCAGUAUGUCGCUCGCGACAUGAUGUCGUCCGUCAGUAUAAUGACAGGCCGGAGACUC